UGGAGUAGGGGGCACCCGACACCGCAUGGGGCAAGCCUUCGCGCCAUGGCGGCAGCGCUGGCCCGCGAGCCGCCGUUGCUGCAGCAAGAGGAGGAGUCGCCAGAAGAGAGGUCCUGUCUGCUCAGCAGGCUGCUCUUCUUCUGGGCCACGCCGGUCUUUUGGCGCGGCUACCGCAACGGCCGCACGGACCUCCAGGAUCUGCCCCCGCUGCCGCGCCGGGACCGCCCCUUCGCGCUGGCGGAGGAGGUGGCCUUCUUGGCAGAGCCCGCGGAAUCCAAAGCCAUGCCCUGGCUCAUGCGGAAGAUCUUUAAGGUGACGCGGCCCGUGAUGAUUCAAGCCUGUGUUUGCCAGACGCUGCUCACCAUAUGUAGCUUCCUGCAGCCUAUCUUGCUGCACGGCCUUCUGGAGAUUUUGAGUCUGCCGAAAGACCAACGUCAGCAAGGCCUCCCCGAGGUUAUGGCGUACUCGUUGGGACUGGCUGGCGCAGUGAUGGGCCAGUGGAUCUUUGCGGAGGCCGCCUGGACCUUGUUCGUGCGCGCGGACUUGCAGGCGCAGGUGCUCUUGUCGCACCUGGUGUACCGCAAGAGUCUCUUCCUGCGCUUGGACGAGUGUCCCUACACCGUGGGAGAUCUGCAGAAUCAUUUUGCCACGGACUGCACCAAGCCGGUCCUGUGCUUCCUGCACGCGAGCCACUGCUCCAUCGUCCUGGCGCUGGCCUCCAUCGGCGUGGUGUGCUGGCACCUCACGGAGCUCACCGGCUCCGCCGGCCCCGUGGGGAUGCUGGUCUUUGUAGUGGCAGCGCCUCUACAGCUGAUCCUCACCCAGCGGAUCAAACGCGCCUCCAAGCGCACCCAGGAGUGCCGUGACGUGAGGGGGAGGCUGUGCAACGAAUUCCUGGGGGCCAUGCGCGUGGUGAAAUGCUUCACGUUGGAGCAGGUGGCUUUGGGCCUGCUGGGAGUUGCACGAGAUGCGGAGUUGGAGGCCCAAUGGAUGAAGCGCAAGGUCUUCCCCAUCUCCAACUGCCUCGGGAGCACCGUGAGCCUCUUCGCCACCAUCGUGUCCUUCCUGUGGCUGGAACUGGUGUUGGAUCGUCCAGUGGACGCCGCCAUCGCCUUUACAGUCCUAUCCUGGGCCAACCUGCUGAAGGACAACAUCAUGCAGCUGCCCAACCAAGUGGCCAGCAUUCUGGACGCCUAUGUGGGAAUCACGCGCGUGCAGCAGCUGCUGUGCUGCGAGGCGAGCAACGGGGCCUGGCUUCAAGACUCCGGCUAUGCGCUGGACGUUGUCCCCACCCAAGACGCCGACUUCAUCCUCCAGGACUGCGACCUGGGCUGGCCGGUGUCGGAGGAGGAGCACGGCUUCCGCGGCGCGCGGCAGAUCUCGCUGAAAGUGCAGCCGGGGGAGCUGCUGCUGGUCUCUGGGCCAAUUGGCGCGGGGAAGAGCGCGCUGCUGGAGGGCCUCACAGGCACCAAGCCAGUGCAGGGCGGCAGUUGCUGGCGGAGAGGCCGCUCCACCGCUUACGUGGCACAAAGGCCCUGGCUGCUGAAUGGCACGCUGCUGGAGAACAUCCUCUUCGGCCAGAGCUUCAACCAGCAGAAGCUCACAGAGACCUUGGAGAGUUGCGCUCUCGCCCAGGACCUCAACUCGCUGCCUUCGGGUCUGGACACCUUGGUGGGGGAGGAGGGCGUGCAGCUCUCUGGGGGGCAGAAGCAGCGGGUGUCCUUGGCGCGGGCGGUGUACUCGGGCGCCCAGGUGGUGUUGAUGGACGACGUGCUCUCGGCCCUGGACGCCCACGUUGGGCACCACGUCUUCGAAGAGGUGAUCUGCAAAGCGCUGAGCGGGCGCACACGGAUUCUGGUCACCCACCAGGUCCAGUACUGGUCCCACCCCGCCGUCUCCCGCGUGCUGCGCCUCGACGCCUUUGGCCGCUGUGAGUUCCUGGGCGCCUUCGACGGCCAAAACGCCGCGGCGGCGAAGGCGGCGGAGGAGGAGGCGGCGGUGGAGGCGGUGGUGGAAGAGGAGGAGAAGGCGCCUGAGAGCGGCGACCCGAGCCGUCCAAGCGCGGUGUCCAGCAGGCAGGCGGCCUCCGUGGAGCUCCGCCGCGCGGGCCGGAUCCUGCGGGAGGACCUCAUGGCCUACGCCAAAGCCUGCGGCGGCCUGGCGGGCGUCUUCAGCAUCGCCAGCCUCAUGGUGGUCUACUACGGCUCGCAGUUGGCUUCCAGCCUGCAGUUGGCCUUUUGGUCCAACGCCAAUGUGCAGGCGGAGGACAGCGGCCAGCCAGAGGCCAGGGAUGUGAGCCGCCGCUACCUCGUGCAGUAUUUGCUGCUUUGCCUCCUGACGGGCGCCAGCUGCUUCAGCUUCUUCUUCGGCAUCCAGCUGGUGGCCUUGCGAGGCUCCAAACGGAUGCACGACAGCUUCAUGAAAGGCCUGAUCUACACGCAUCUCCGCUUCUUCGAUGUCACCCCCACGGGCAGGGCGCUGAAUCGCUGCCUCAAGGACAUGGCCACGGUGGACGAUCGGAUGCCGGCGGCUUUUCGGGAGCUCUUCCAGUCCUUUAUGAAUGUGGUGAUCUCCAUGCUGAUCCUCGGGCUUUUUGCGUGGCAAGCGCUGGUAGUGGUCCCACCCUUCUCGGUGCUCUACUGGAUGAUCCUCACGGUGUACCGGUGGCCAGCGCGGGACUUGCGGCGCCUGGAGGGCGUGUCGCGGUCGCCGGGCAUGAGCCACUUCGCGGACUCCGUGAAAGGCGCGAGGACCAUCCGAGCCUUUGGGCAUGAGGCCCGGUUCCUGGAGCGGAAUCUCACGCUGCUGGGGGAGAAUCAGCUCACCACCUACUGGUUUUGGGUGGCGCAGGCAUGGGUCUCCUGCUUCCAGGAGAUCCUGGGCACCUUGGCCUUGGCCUUCGUCACGGGCAUCGUGGGCUACCGCGCCUUCGAGGGGAUCCUCAGCCCCGGCCUCGCGGGGUUGGCGCUCUCCUACGCCCUGCAAAUGCCCCGGGACCUCAUGUGGCUCUCCAGGCGCCUGGCGAGUAUGGAGGUGGAGUUCGUGGCCAUCGAGCGCAUCAUGGAGUACACCCGGCUCCCACCCGAGGCGCCGAGCGAGGCGCCUCCCGGCGCCGCACCGGAGACCGCGAGCGCAGAGAUCCCGCCGGACGUGGCGAUCUAUGCGGAUGAGCUGUACCUCAGGUACGAUGUGGACGGACCUUUGGUCUUCAAUGGUCUGUCGCUGAGCAUCCCCAAGUCCACCACAUCCGCCCUGGUGGGUCGCACAGGCUGCGGCAAGAGCAGCUUCCUGUCUGCAUUGGUGCGUCUCUACCCCCUGAGCGGCGGGCAUCUUUACGUGCACGGCCACGAUGUGCAGAGCCUGUCUUUGCCCUUCCUCCGUUCCGUGGUGCGCGUCUUGUUGCAGGACCCCAUCUUCUUCUCGGGCACCAUCCGCUCGAACCUGCUCUCGCAGCCCCCUUCGGGCAACACGAACGGAAGGAGCAUGGAGGAUGAGGGCCUCUGGCGGUGCCUGCGGCAGGCGGGCUUGGAGAAACGAGUGGCGCAGCUGCCGAACCAACUGGACGCCAGGGUAGAGGAGAACGGGCAGAACUUCAGUCAGGGGGAGCGACAGCUGCUGUGCCUGGCGCGAGUGCUGGUGGAGCCUAAGCUGCGUGAAAGCUCCGGCGCCAGCCCCGCCGGUCGCGAGUUGCAGCCGCCUGGCGCCUUGCCGCAGCUGCUGCUGUGCGAUGAGCCCACGGCGGCGUGCGACUUGGAGACGGACAAGCUCAUCCACGAGACCCUGCUACAGGGCCUGAACAAGGACUGGACCUUGGUGGUGGUGUGCCAUCGUCUUCACUACAUCCGAGAGUUUGACAACAUCUUCGUCUUCGAGGAAGGGCGCGUGGUGGAGCGCGGAAACCCGGAGUUCUUACUCCGGAAGGCCAACGGCCAGCUGGCCAAGAUGUGCCAGCAACAAGGCGUGCUCCACGCUGAGCGCGACUCCAAUGGAAGCCGCUAGCCCUCAAGCGAUAGGUGGACCCCAAGCUGUAGCUUGCCCUGUUUCUUUGUUUUUCACAUCAAGAGGUCGCUGGUUCUGACACAACGUUCGGGCCCUCGCCCGUUGCGGGCAGGCCUUUUCGGUUCGUGUCCGUUUCCACGGCGUUGUCGCGAAUCCGCGCGCAGCGCAGUCGGCCGUCGCCUCUGAAAUCGUCGGCGGUCGGAAGUUGCCAAAGACGCCAAAGACGCGAAGC